UUGUAGUCCCAAAAACAUCUGGAGGGCCAAAGUUGUGCAGGAGUAAGAUGAAAUGUUGGUAACUCGUUACACACACACACACACACACACACACACACACACACACACACACACACCCUUAACUAUGUGCUUAGCUCCCCCACCCCUUGAUUUCAAUAGGCCCUAAAAGGAUGGAUUGCACCAUGUGUCUUUUAUAAAUGUCCUGAAAAAGCAUUGUGAACAGUGAACCUUUCUAAUUAGGGCAUAGUCUCUAGUUCAGCCCGUGGUGGCCAAUUUGAAGGUCUUUAGUGUUGCAGACUCUCAACUCACAUCACUCCCAGACACAUUUUGACUGGAGACUAUGAGAGCUGUAGUCCCCAGUGACAGCUGGAGAGCCUCAGACUGGCCACCCCUGAAAUAGUUUCUCAGACUGUCAAUUGGGAUGUCUGUGGUGGGGUUAUUACUUGAGAUACCUGAGAGUGCUCGAAUUCUGUGGCUUGAUUUGCUGCUGCAUCAAGGAGAGGAGAGCUGGUCUUGUGGUAGCAAGCAUGACUUGUCCCCAUAGCUAAGCAGGGUCUGCCCUGGUUGCAUCUGAAUGGGAGACUUGAUGUGUGAGCACUGCAAGGUAUUCCCCUCAGGGGAUGAAGCUGCUCUGGGAAGAGCAGAAGGUUCCAAGUUCCCUCCCUGGCUUCUCCAAGGUAGGGCUGAGAGAGAUUCCUGCCUGCAACCUUGGAGAAGCUGCUGCCAGUCUGUGAAGACAAUACUGAGCUAGAUAGACCAAUGGUCUGACUCAGUAUAUGGGAGUUUCCUAUGUUCCUAUGUUUCUAAGACAAAUAGCAGCUGUAGCGUCCUUUUUCUCCUUUCCUUUGAAACCUUGAGUAGGAACUCUGCAAGCAGCUUCUAGAAGAAGGAAUUUCUUCACUUCUGUCCUUCGGGUCAGUGCCUAGAUCAGCCAGGUUGCAAGAGAGUGAAGUUGACAGGAGCAAUGAAGAGAUAGCUCAGUUACAGGACAAGCCCGAUUGGUAAGACCAGUGACAAAGAAGAGGGGCGCAAAAUGAGCAGCGACGCUCAAUUCGCAAGAUGCAGAGGGCAGUGGAAGUGAAGCGAGAGGGCUUGAAAAUGUCUGCGUGCAGUGACUUUGUGGAACACAUCUGGAAGCCUGGCUCCUGCAAGAACUGCUUCUGCCCCAGAAACUUCCACCACCUGCAGACGCAGGCCCUUGACCUGGGAGGCAGCAGUGGGCUUGGAGCCAAAGCUGACAAUACACCCCUGGAGGAUGACGGCGUAAUUUCCUUGCCUUACUCAAAGCCAACGAUUGCUGUGAAGCCAACAAUGAUAAACUCGGAUGCUUCUGAUUUGUGGGCGGAUGGGAACCUGAGUGCAGAAACCCCACAGAUCAGCAAGAGGACAGCAUCUGGAAAGCAUGUCUUGAUGAAAUCUGCAGAAGAACAAAGAACAUGCAGUGACAGUUUCAGCAACAACAUUGUAAGGAAGCCUCUCAUUCGGAAUACUCCAAAUGAUUGUACUCGGCACAGUCCUCAGGAUCCUUCAUUGGUUGGCCCCUUUGGGGUUGAAAGCAGGGGGGAGAGAAAUGUCUCCUUCACUAAUAUGACAUAUACAGGUGAUGUGGUUGCACAGGAGGAUAAAGGCACUGCAAUGCCCAGCAAGGAGAAGCUGACUUUGCCCCUUUUAAGCCUUUGUCACAAGUCACCCACUUUUAGUGACAGACAUGUUGGCUGUGCCAUAGACUCUGUAGGAUGCCCUUCCAUCCACCAAAAGGGGAAGGCCUCGCUUUCAGAGACCGCCAGUUUAUCCCACUCUUCUGACUUGGAAAGUGAAGGUGGGGAAUACUGCUCCAUUGCAGAUUACUGUGGUGAUACUCCUCUUCACCAGGACUCGGGCAAUACCAGAACCAAAGUGGCAUGGCCUGAGAGUGAAAACACCAUUCCCAAAUUUCUGGGGCAGGAUGUGGCAGGGAAUGUAAGAACCAAGUCCAGGGGUGUGAAUUUCAGUGAUGGAGAUAGUAGCGUUUUGAAUUCAGAUUCAGUUUUUCAAAGGGAGAAGCAUUCUCCACAUGAUUUUGUAUAUAACCACUUAUGCUCUGAGACUGAAACAUUAACAUUUUCAUCAGAUGCUGUGGUAAAUAGCAGCAGCCCCUUUGGUGUGGCCCAGGGAAAUUAUUGCUGUCUUCUGGUCAGGGAAUCGAAUCCAAUUGAAAGCAAGCCAACAGAAAACUUCAGCAGUUCUGCAGAGCCACAGCUUGCCGGUCCCAUGGGCCCUUCUCAGGAUGAGCCUAUUUAUGCUGAGAGCACAAAGAGGAAAAAAGGGCCGCUAAGUCAUUCCAGCACACAUGCAAGGAGUGAUGUCUUAGCAUAUAGCCCCUGUAAAGAUCAAGCGGAUGGCCUCUGGAGAGAGGGGGUGACCCACUUGAGUUGUGAAAGGGAGCUUCACGAUUCUGCUGCACGGACAUCAACAACUAUUACCAUUAUGGCAACCCACACAGAAGACGACAACCGGACAAUCUUUCUUAGCAGCCCAGACUCGGCCGUUGGGGUUCAGUGGCCGUGUGUUAGCCCCGCCUCUCAUCCAGAGAAUGGAAAACCCUCGCCUUUCUUUGAGCAUGUAGAGGGGCCACAAGCCAAGGUUGAGACCGGUUCAAGGGGGAAUGGAUCCAGUCUUCAGACAGCUAGCAGGAAUGUGAUGGGUGAGAGUCCUGCUAUUCCCCCAAAGUUGUCCAAAGGGAGCUCUCCUACAGGUGAGAAGUCUCUCACACAAUCGAUCAGUUGUCCUGUGGCAGGGAUCUCUGAUGGCCACGAGGAUGAUGACAUUCCAAGGAAUGGUACAGACAGCACUGUCUUUGGGCCCUCAUCCUUCCUGGGUUCUCAUGUGAAUAGAAACUCUCCAGAGGAGUCCAUCAGGGGCCCAGCAUCCUCUAGUUCUGAGAGAAGACACAAAUACUACAAUCUGGCCUGGAGCAGGCAGUGCAGGAUAGAGGAGGAAGAGGAAGAAGAGCAGGGACUUCUGAAACGUACACAGGAGACAGAACUGGAGAAUGGGACAGUCAGUCCUCCAAGUACAUCCAGUCACCACCAGGGGAAAAAAGGCUCCGGUCAAGAGAACAAGACUGGAGGAAUGAGCAAAUCGGCAUCUUUUGCCUUUGAGUUCCCUAAAGACAGGAAUGGGAUUGAGGAAUUCUCGCCUCCACCUCCUCCUCCUCCAAAGAAACAAUCCAGGCAUUUUUUAAAAAUGAACAAGAGUAAUUCUGAGUUGGAGAAGCUCAACAGUGACUCUAGAGAAAAUCUCAUCCCACCUUUCCAGGGGAUCCACGUUACUUUCACAACCGGCUCUGCGGACAGUUUAAAUGUGGACACAAAGACGUUCAGCAAUGGAGGACAGUCAAGCAAAACGAGUGCUCAUUCUCCCCCCAAAACUGGGAGGCCUGUCUUUCCUUUGGCUAAUUUCCCUGCAUGUUCCAACAAAGACAGGCCACACUGCACACCUUUGCAGCCACCCCCUCUGCCGCAAAAGAAAACGGUCAGCAGAGCUGUGUCCUCCCCAGAUGGUUUUUACUGGGGCCCAGCCUCUCCAGCUAGAGUAGCCAUUCCCACAAGCCCCAAGUUGAACUUCAGUCAGUCAGAAAGUAACGUAUGUAUCCGUGAGGAGCCUCCAUUUGGCACCACUUUGGGACUUAACCACCGGACAUUUUCUUCCUCCGAAUCUCUAGAAAAGGCCUUCAAAGGAUCCCCUUCCCCAUUUCUGCAUUCUGGUAAGAACGGCAGCGUCUGCACCCAGAACAAAAACUUGCCCCCUCGUUCUUUUUCCCAGCAUAAUAUGUCCGCCCAGGUUUCCUCAGGAUCCAGCCUUCAGCUCCACAACCUCCUCAGCAACAUUGACAACAAGGAGGGGGUAUAUGCCAAAUUAGGAGGGCUCUAUGCAGAAUCCCUACGCCGCCUGGUUUCAAAAUGUGAAGAUUGCUUUAUGCGCGACCAGAAGAGUGAGUUGCAUUUCAGCGAAAACAGCUGGUCUUUCUUCAAACUGACAUGCAACAAGCCCUGUUGUGAUUCGGGGGAUGCCAUUUAUUACUGUGCGACCUGCUCCAAGGAUCCCUGCAGCUCCUAUGCAGUGAAGAUUUGCAAGUCCCAAGACACUAAAGCCGCCACAUCCUGCUGCAGCCCUUCUGUUCCUGUCCACUUCAACAUCCAGCAGGACUGUGGGCACUUUGUCGCCUCGGUGCCCUCCAGCAUGUUGAGAAAUGCUUCUGUGGAGGGCCAGUGCCCUUCCCGCACAGCUACCGAACAAGACUGUGUGGUCGUCAUCACCCGGGAGGUGCCACACCAGACUGCCGCCGACUUUGUGAGGGACGCUGGGCCUUCCCACAAAGCCAAGCCAGAGCUGUAUGAGAGGCGGGUGUGUUUCCUGCUCCUGCAGCUCUGCAAUGGGCUGGAGCACCUCAAGGAGCAUAGCAUCAUUCACAGAGAUCUUUGCCUAGAGAACUUGCUACUGGUACACUGCAGACCUCCAGCCACCUGCAGUAAAACCAAAGAGGACAAGCACCUGCCCAGGCUCAUCAUCAGCAACUUCUUGAAAGCCAAGCAGAAGUCUGGCACCGCUGAGUCCAAAGUGAGAAAGAACCAGGCCCGGCUGGCUCCUGAGAUUGUGUCUGCUUCCCAGUACAAGAAGUUUGACGAAUUCCAAACCGGCAUCCUCAUCUACGAGCUUCUACACCAGCCCAACCCAUUUGAAGUGAAGUCCCACCUCCGAGAACAGGAAUAUAGUCAGGACGACCUUCCCCCACUCCCCCACCUUUCCAUUUAUUCUCGGGGGCUCCAGCAGCUUGCUCACUUGCUGCUAGAAGCAGACCCCAUCAAACGCAUCGGCAUCACAGAGGCAAAGCGGAUCCUACAGUGCCUGCUCUGGGGUCCCAGGAAGGACUUAAUAGAUCAGCCUCUAAACCACGAGGAAGCUCUUCACAAUGUCCUUCACAACUGGAUUGACAUGAAGCGGGCAUUGCUAAUGAUGAAAUUUGCAGAGAGGGCAGUGGAUGCAGAGCGAAACGUUGAGCUGGAGGACUGGCUCUGCUGUCAGUAUUUAGCCUCUGCCGAUCCCACUUCUCUCUCAAAGUCUUUGAAGCUUCUUCAGCUCCUUUAAGAUCUAUAGCAUUUAAAACAUGUCACAGGUUCUAAGGAAAAUGAAAUUUGGGGGCGGGGGGUUGAGAGAGGGAGAGGUAUUUAUAGAAAAUGGUGCCCAUCACAAUUUCCUUUGUAAAAUCAUGAUGAAUUAAGAAUAACUACAUUUCCAAGUUUAACAUACAAACACAUUAAAGCAGAUCAAACGCCGUGUACAUUUCAGGGUGAAUGUCAUUGUGCGUGCUGCAAAUGGUAAGAGUAUUUGGGAUCCAACCGCCACUGUUUUGCUUUCUGAGUGACUCUUGGAGUAAAUUAAAACAAAUGUGAGUUUCCUAA